AUGACAGCCCCAAUCCCCAUCUCCAAUACUCAAAGCACACCACCAUUAUCGUAUAAUCAUCCAUUAUCACCACCACUACCAUCCACUACACCCGGAUCAACCAUAUCAAUCUCGCCUCAAACACCAUUUUACCCACCUGGAUUAGGAACUUCUUCUUCAGGUCAAACUCCAACUCAAUCAAAUACCAAUGGAAAUGGUUUAUACGCUAAAUGGACUAACAAUAAUCCAUUCGGCAAAUCCCCAAAUAACAGUUCUUUGAUGGGGGGUUUAGGUGAAUCUUCACCUACUAAACAGAAAGGUUUUCAGGUUAAUGAUAUCAUAGAAGAUCAUGAACAUGAACAUGACGAAUUUGGUGAUUUGACUUGGGGUAAAGCUCAAAAUCAAAAUCAAUAUCAAUAUCAGAAUGGAUCAAGUACAGGAAGGAGAACUAUGUCAUUGAGUUUUGAUAGGAAAGUAUCUUCUGGUAUAGGUUCAAUGGUCAAGGGUUCUUUUGGUACUUCCCCUAUCAAUGCUGUCCCCGGUGGUAACAACGGCGAAAAUCAAAACCAAAACAUAGCCGGAUCUGGACCCGGGGCUGCUUUGCAAGGAAGGUCCCCACAACCUCCAGGAGUAUUAGCGGAUAAAGUAGCUAGAGGUCAGGGUGUACUUCGAAGAUUAAGUUUGAGUGGCUCGGGAUACAGGCCCGCAUUCCUAUCUCCACCAAUGCCAUCCGCCCCCCUCCCACCUUCUCCUCCGACAAUCAACAUCCCUUCUGUCCAACCUCAGCCUCCUACUCCCGUCAUAGCCAUGGCACCUCCACAAGCUGAACCUCAGUUGAACAGGGCAGCUACUGUUUCUGGUACCGGCACGUUGGGUAGAGGGCGGAGGUACAGCGAGGGUACCAGGAAAAGAGGUGUUUCUCCUAUGGGUGAAAGACUCUUGAGAGAUCACGGUCAUUUCUAA